GGACUAGGGGGUCUAUGAUCACAAAGGGCGCAUGAGGAGGGAGGGGUUCAUAGGCCUCGUCGUUUGAGUGGUCAAUUGACUUGAUCCCAAUCCCCACUUUCAAGGCGCGAGUUGUCAGGACCAAAAAUAUCCGGGAUCUCGACCGGAGGGGUUUUUGGGGAUGCAUCCAGAUUAAAUAUCUCUUGAGAGGGCGUGCUUCUCGGGGGAAGCGCUCGCCUUAGGCGCCAACCAUUGAAGGAGGAAGAAAAUUUGGCCAUAGAUACCAACCCUACCAGCUUUCGCCAUGCAGCGCACGUUUCUCGCCUUUCAGCACAAUGCUAAGCUCCAUUCCCUACCGGCCGUUGUCACCGCGGUCAGAUCAGUGGCGGUUCUCGAGGAGGCAAACCGAGGCCUCUUUAAGCAAGCCGCCGACGAUAAUCAUGUCGUAGUCACCGAUAAGACGAUAUUUCAUCCCCAGGGCGGCGGCCAACCUUCAGAUGUUGGCGUCAUGACAAGUGCAGACGGGGCUAGUUUUGAUGUGGCCAUGGUGCGCAUGAGCGCUGUAAACGACGGCGAAGUGCUUCACUACGGCCGAUUUACAAACCCCGCGUCGAUAUUUAAGCCGGGCGACGUCGUCACCCACACCAUCGACAGCGAGAGGAGGAAUUUGUAUUCCCGGUAUCACACGGCCGGGCACGUUCUUGGCGCAGCAGUCCGCCACCUCCUCGCGAAGCAGAUUGCCAAUUUCGACGAGCUCAAAGCAUCGCAUUUCCCCGAUUCCGCCGCGUGCGAAUUCCAAGGUCUCAUCGAGGGCAAGUGGAAAGACGCCAUCCAAGCGCGCGUGGACGAGUACGUUGGCCGGGACAUGCCCGUCGAAAUCGAUUGGUGGGACGAGGGCGACUUCAGGGACAACGGGCUCGAACGGCUGAUACCCGACCGGAAGGCCAUGGGCAUGGCGGACGACGAGAAGUUCCGCGUGGUGAAAAUCGUCGGCGCCGAGGUAUAUCCCUGCGGAGGCACGCACGUCGACAGCACGGAAUUAUGCGGUAGAACCAGCGUGAAGAAGAUUAGCCGAGCCAAGGGGACUAGCCGGGUGAGCUACCUGCUGCCGUGACGGUAGGGGAUAUUAUAGAGGCAUGUGAAUUCGGUAGGGGGCGGGGG